UCCACAAUAAGUGCCCUUAGAAGGAAAGCCUGUCAGACUGUAUUUCUGGCUGUAAAUCUUCAUUUGUUAAAAGUCAGUCAGCUGAGAGACAAGGUCACUUUCCUCCUGUUUGGGAUGAUCAUUGUCUUUGGGGCUCAGUAGCCAGUAUCUUGGGAUAAUCUCCACAAGUCUUUCUGUUUAAUACAAGCGAGCGAGAAGGCGGGGGUGUCAGCUGGGAAAGAAGCGGCCGCUGAGCGUCGCCUGAAGACGGGGAAGUGAGUUGCGCACUCCGCGGCGGAUGACAGGAGCAUGGACAUGCUGCGCCGCUCCUCCGUGUUUGCGGCUGAAGUGUUUGACCGCUCGCCCACCGACAAGGAGCUAGUGUCCCAGGGCAAAGCACUGUGCAGGGACUACAUCUAUUCCAGGCUGAACCGUGCCGGGAUCGGCUGGUCUAAACCUGAGCACGGACUGGCUGCAUCAGGUGGGACGCUUGGAGAGAUUUCGUCGGUGCUCCUGUGGCUGGGUGAUGAGUUGGAGUACCUUCGUCCCAAUGUGUACCGUAACGUAGCGCGACAGCUGAACAUCACUGUGGCAUCAGAGAACGUGGUCUCCGAUGCCUUCCUGGCUGUUGCAGCAGACAUUUUCUCCACAGGUGUGACAUGGGGGAAGGUGGUUUCCUUGUAUGCCGUAGCGGGGGCCCUGGCAGUGGACUGCGUACGCCACGGUCAUCCAGCGAUGGUCCACACCAUCGUCGACUGCAUGGGGGAGUUUGUCCGCAAGAGCCUGACCCCUUGGUUAAAACGGAGAGGGGGCUGGGUGGACGUUACAAAAUGUGUGGUGAACACUGAUCCCAGCUUCCACUCUCACUGGCUGGUGUCUGCUGUCUGUGCCUUUGGACACUACCUGAAGACCGUGGUGUUGUACCUCCUCAGGGAGAAGUGAAGGACCAAGUUGCCCACUGGAUCAACACACCGCCACUGAAGCAUGCACUGCUUUGGAUUACGUUUACACUCAUUUGCACUGAGCCUUCGCUGAUGAGCACCAACCUAUUUCACAGACACUGAACUCUCUUUGCUCCCCGCCUCUAUUUAUUGUUAAUGCUUAUAUUACAAUUGUGAUGUGACCUUUUUCAGCUUUUGAUUGCAGAGCUGUCUGCGUUGCUGCCUGAGUGGUGGUGACUUGCACUCCCCCUAGUGGCAACAAAUAGGUACUGCUCUAAAUUGAUGUGUGAUUCUCUACUUCUCACCUGGAUGAUAUUUAUAGUUCAAGACUCUUAACAGACUAAAGAAUGCUUUUUCCCUAAAAUGACACAGGUUUUGAAGAGGAGAAGGUGUAUGUAUUUUUCUUUUCUUUGCUGAAAGGAUAACAGCAGCUAUAAAAGUGUGCUUUCCAAUAUAGAACAACACCUCUCUGUUUCACUGCUUUAGUUAUUCCCAGUUUUGGGAAUCAUAACAUACAGGAUUGUAAAGUUAAUGUGUCAUAACAUAGUGAGCCUGCAUGCAACGACAUUUUCUAAUUCUCUUCUUCUACUCCUGAAUUUUGGAAGAAAAUAUCAACACUUUGGUUGACUGUUGACUUGCGGCUGGUUAAACUGGGCUGUCUUAAACUGGUUGUGCUUAUUUAUGAACUGUUGUAUCUUCUCCAUACAUCACCCUUAUAUUAUCUACAACACAUGAAAAAAUAUGGAAUCGCCACUCUGGAGAAGCCAAAAUUAUUUCAUUUAACAUUUGAGCAUUCUUGUUUUGUAAAACACACCUUUGCAAAAAAAACUAUUUUUCUAAUCAAGGACAAAAAAAAACAACUAAAUUAGUUAACUGUGAUGAAAAAGUGUUGGAAUAAUAAACAAAAAACACAAACUUAGCACAAAAAGUUAGGAAAUCUGUACUUGCUUGAUUAUUUCUUUCUUGUUCGUGAGUUGUGACAAUGAAAGCUGUUUGGCAGAGAAGAUUCGGCAAAUUCUUCAUGGGUGCAAACCACCCAUGAAACACUCCACUCUGCUCAUCCCACAAUUACAUUUUCCAGUUUAAAUGGAAAUUGACAGGCUUUCCAUCACUGAUUGCUACGAAGCAUUGCUACAACAAAGAACUCAUCCACCAAACGCUAAUGCCCUUACUAUUUGUGCAAAGUGUGUUUACACCUUGCCUCUGUUUGUGUAUUCAUUAAUGAAAGACAUUAUUCUCUUUUACCAAGUUCCAACCUUCUUGUUCAGCUAUGCAGAAUGGAGCCUUUUUGCCUCAUUUUAAAGUCCAGAGUGUUUGGUGGCAUUGUUAUUAAACAGAUUUGUUCUUCUUUA